CUCGGGCCUCUUUCCGGAGCUUCCAACAUUUUCCGACCUGAAGAUCACUGACGUCAUUAUUUGAUCUCGUACUCUUCCGUGUUCCCAGUGGAUUUGAACGCGGCAUCGGUUUAGAGAUGGCGUCCCUUUUGCAACCUGACAGGGUUCUCUACCUAGUUCACGGAGAGAAAAAGAUCCGAUCGCCGUUGUCGACACUUUAUUUUUGUCGGUAUUGCAGUGAAUUGCGUUCCCUAGAAUGUGUGUCUCACGAGGUGGACUCGCAUUACUGUCCGAGCUGCCUGGAGAAUAUGCCUUCAGCAGAGGCAAAGCUGAAGAAGAACAGGAAGAGGAUAUGCAACCAGCUGAACGAAAACUUCAGGUGUGCCAACUGCUUCGACUGCCCGUGCUGCAUGCACACCCUGUCCACCCGGGCAACCAACAUCCCAGCCCCUCUUCCUGACGACCCCAGCAAGACGACCAUGAAGAAGGCCUACUACCUGGCCUGUGGCUUCUGUCGCUGGACAUCCAGAGAUGUGGGCAUGGCUGACAAGUCUGUGGCCAGUGGAGGAUGGCAGGAGCCGGACAACCCUCAUACUCAACGGAUCAAUAAACUGAUAGAGUAUUACCAGCAGCUGGCCCAGAGAGAGAAACUGGAGAGGGACAGGAAGAAGCUGGCCAGGAGACGACCCUAUAUGCCUCUGGCCUUCUCGCAACACACUAUUCAUGUGGUGGAGAAGUAUGGUCUGGGUACCAGACUACAGAGACAGAGACCUGGAGCUCCUAUCACCAGUCUGGCUGGUCUUUCUCUGAAGGAAGGUGAAGACCAGAAGGAGAUUAACAUAGAACCAGCUCAGGCUUUAGAUGAAGUGGAGCCACUGCCUGAAGACUGCUACACCAGACCCAUCAACCUACCUGAGGUAACAUCCUUGCGUCAGCGGCUGCUCCAGCCUGACUUCCAGCCAGCCGGAGCCUCUCAGCUCCACCCCAAACACAAACACCUGUUGAUCAAGCGCUCUCUGCGAUGCAGGAAAUGUGAGCACAAUCUGAGCAAGCCAGAAUUCAACCCAACCUCAAUAAAGUUCAAAAUCCAGCUGGUGGCUGUGAGUUACAUCCCCGAGGUCAGAAUAAUGUCCAUUCCAAACCUGCGCUUCCAGAAGGAGUGCCAGGUGCUGCUCACCCUGACCAACCCUGUGGAGAAUAUUACCCACGUCACCCUGGUUGGCUGUGAGGAAGGAGACCCAGAGGACAUCAAUAGCACUGCUAAGGUGAUUGUUCCUACCAAGGAGUUGGUCCUGGCAGGGAAGGAUGCUGCAGCAGAUUACGACGAGUUGGCCGAGCCACAGGACUUCCAGGACGACCCAGAUGUGGUGGCCUUCAGGAAAUCCAAUAAGAUCGGUUUCUUCAUCAAGGUGGUCCCUCAGCGCGAGGAGGACGGGGAUGUCACGGUGUCCUUUAAGAUCCGCCACGACUUCCGCAACUUGGCGGCUCCCAUAAGGCCGAGCGAGGAGGGCGACGCCCCCACCGAGGCCAUCUGGCUCACACACCACGUAGAGCUCAGCCUGGGGCCGAUCAUAGCUUGAAGAGCUUACACACACACACACACCAAAUACAUAUCUUUUACACAAACACACACACACACACACAUUGUACAUGCAUUGGAUCACCUAUAUCUCUCUCUCACACACACUCACACACUUCUCUGUACCCCCAAGCCGUUCCAGAGACCCUUUCCUGCUUCACGCUUCAAUUUAAGCAUUAUCUUCAUCAUCCUCUAAGGAUGAAGAGUAUUUACCUGCAUGCUAUGCCAGGCUACAUCUACCUACUAAUAAAUGUAUCUUAGAUGAUGUCAUUACUGUUUCUCCUCUCUGGGUUGAAGGUAGGAUGAGACUGUCAUUACUGUUUCUCCUCUCUGGGUUGAAGGUAGGAUGAGACUGUCAUUACUGUUUCUCCUCUCUGGGUUGAAGGUAGGAUGAGACUGUCAUUACUGUUUCUCCUCUCUGGGUUGAAGGUAGGAUGAGACUGUCAUUACUGUUUCUCCUCUCUGGGUUGAAGUUAGGAUGAGACUGUCAUCACGGUUUCUCCUCUCUGGGUUGAAGGUAGGAUGAGACUGUCAUCACGGUUUCUCCUCUCUGGGUUGAAGGUAGGGUGAGACUAAGGAGUUAGGAGUUCUGUUUGCUGUUGUCUUCAGUACUAAAGUCCAGUCAGUUGUUCUAUUAGCAGUAUUGAAGUAGUGAGACCUGUAGACGUGUCAGUUUGAGGCGGUCUGCAGCGGUAAAGAUAUUAGAUAUUACUUUAACACUAUCGGUCAAACAUACAUUUGAAUUACAUAUGUGAAGUUUAUAUUGAUUGGAGAGUUUCUACUGAAGAUGUGACCAACAGGGAGGGGCUGGUAGCAACCUUUCACUGGCGUUGUUUUGAUUUGUCUGGAAGGAAUCCCCCCCUGGUUUGUUAGACAGAGCCUUAUAUCACGGUUAACCUGUACUGGCUAAUAAAAUGAAUGUUUUAAAAACA